UUUUCAGCUCUCUCUCUCUCUCUCUCUCUCUCUCUCUCUUCCCCUUACAUAUACACAUCCACAAAUACAUAAACAAAAACACACACUAUAUCACAUCAACACACACACAAUACCUCUCCUGAUACACUGUGGGGUUUUUUUUCCCCCCCCUUCGAAUCAGCACUUGUACAGAUGCAAUCCACUUCCGCUACUCCCAGCUUCCGUUCACGGUCAUGUCAACUCUCUCACCACUGAAUGGAUUCUAUCAUUCCCCUCUCACUCUCACUCUCUCUCCUCCUCCUCCACUUCCUCAUUCUCUUUCCAAACCCUAGUUCCUCCUCCUCCUCCCACGAUUUCUCCAUCAUCGCCUUCGACUCCGUCUUCCACAACGACUACUCUCCGCCGUCGCCCCCUCCUCCCCCGCCGCGCCCGCCCUCCGUCUCCUGCGAGGACGAUUUAAACGGAAUCGGAACCCUCGACACCACCUGCCAAAUAGUCUCCGAUUUGAACCUCACCGGCGACGUGUACAUACAAGGGAAAGGUAAUUUUAUCAUCCUCCCAUUUAGGAGCGUGACUUGUUUGUCAUUUGGUUGUGAAAUCUCGAUCAACAUAACCGGGAAUUUCAGUUUGGGCGAGAACGCGACCGUUUUAGCCGGUACGUUUGAGCUCGAGGCGUACAACGCGAGUUUCGGCAACGGGUCGGCGGUGAACGCGACGAGUUUGGGCGGCUCUCCGCCGGCCCAGACCAGUGGGACGCCGCAGGGGGUGGACGGGGCGGGCGGGGGCCAUGGGGGCAGAGGGGCUUGUUGCCUGACUGAUAAGGAGAAGCUGCCAGAUGACGUUUGGGGCGGCGAUCCGUAUUCCUGGUCGACGUUGCAGAAGCCGUGGAGUUACGGGAGUAAAGGCGGGACGACAAGCAAGGAGGUGGAUUAUGGUGGAGGUGGGGGUGGGAGGAUUAGGUUUUGGAUUAGGAAUUAUGUCGAGGUGAAUGGUGGGUUGUUGGCUGAUGGGGGUGAUGGUGGGGAUAGGGGUGGAGGUGGGUCUGGUGGCAGCAUCUUCAUCAAGGCCGCUAAGAUGAUUGGAAGUGGUAGGAUAAGUGCUUGUGGGGGUAAUGGUUUUGCUGGUGGGGGAGGUGGAAGAGUCUCUGUUGAUAUUUUCAGCAGACAUGAUGACCCUAAAGUCCUUGUUCAUGGAGGAAGAAGUUCUGGUUGCCCACAAAACUCAGGUGCUGCCGGGACUUUUUAUGAUGCUGUUUCUCGGAGCCUAAUAGUUAGCAAUCACAACAUGUCUACUGAUACAGACACACUUCUUCUGGACUUCCCUAACCAGCCACUUAUGACGAAUGUUUAUAUCCGGAAUCAUGCCAAGGCCGCUGUUCCCCUGCGUUGGAGUCGCGUGCAGGUCCAAGGACAAAUUAGUCUCCUAAGUGGUGGAGUUUUGAGCUUUGGAUUGGCACAUUAUCCUUUGUCAGAAUUUGAAUUAUGGGCAGAGGAGCUGUUAAUGAGUGAAUCUGUAAUUAAGGUUUACGGAGCUCUACGGAUGUCUGUAAAAAUGUUCUUGAUGUGGAAUUCGACAAUGCUUAUAGAUGGUGGUCGAGAUGCAGAUGUGGAGACAUCAUUGCUUGAAGCUAGUAAUCUAGUUGUUCUCAGGGAGUCAUCUGUCAUACAUUCUAAUGCAAACUUGGGAGUUCAUGGGCAAGGUUUACUGAAUUUAUCAGGACCAGGAGAUAGUAUUGAGGCACAGCGCUUGGUUUUAUCUCUGUUCUAUAGUAUCCAUGUUGGACCUGGAUCUAUUAUGCGAGGUCCUCUCGCGAAUGCAACAGCUGAUGAUGUGAUGCCAAAGCUGAACUGUGAACGUCAAAAUUGCCCCGUAGAACUACUUCAUCCGCCUGAAGAUUGCAAUGUUAACUCUUCACUGUCCUUCACUCUUCAGAUCUGCCGAGUCGAAGAUAUCCUUGUUGAAGGCAUUGUAGAAGGAUCUGUUGUUCAUUUCCAUAGGGCAAGAACAAUAACUAUCCAGUCUCUCGGAUCAAUUAGUGCAUCUGGGAUGGGUUGUACAGGUGGUGUGGGUAGAGGAACAGUUUUAGACAGUGGUAUUGGCAGUGGUGGCGGGCAUGGUGGUAAAGGUGGAGUAGGGUGUUACAAUGGUAGCUGCAUUGAGGGAGGUAUUGCAUAUGGAGAUGCUGACUUGCCUUGUGAACUUGGUAGUGGAAGUGGUACUGAAAGCUUACUUGGUUCAACUGCUGGUGGUGGCAUCAUAGUGAUGGGUUCAAGGGAGCAUCCCUUGUCUAACUUGUAUGUUGAAGGCUUUGUUGCAUCUGAUGGAGAAAGUUAUGGAGAAAAUAAUAGGAAGAAAGGUAACAGUACAAUAGAUGUUUCGAGUGCAGGUCCCGGUGGUGGAUCUGGUGGAACUAUUCUUGUUUUUUUACGUUCGCUAAAUGUCAGUGAGCCUGGCAUUCUUUCUAGUGCUGGGGGCCUUGGUAGUCAGAAUGGUGGUGGUGGAGGCGGCGGGCGGAUUCACUUCCAUUGGUCAGACAUUCCCACUGGAGAUGUAUACCAACCAAUAGCUAGAGUAAAAGGGAACAUCCACACCAGGGGAGGAAUAGGUCGAGACUUGGGCGGUGCUGGGGAAAAUGGAACAGUGACCGGAAAAGCUUGCCCAAAAGGGCUUUACGGGACAUUCUGUGAGGAGUGUCCGGCUGGCACUUUUAAGAAUGCUACGGGAUCUGAUAGAGCUCUUUGUCGUCAAUGCCCAGUUUAUGAGCUUCCACAUCGUGCUGUUUAUAUUGCUGUCCGAGGUGGUAUUGCUGAAACACCUUGUCCGUACAAAUGCAUUUCUGACAGUUAUCACAUGCCAAACUGUUAUACAGCUCUUGAAGAGUUGGUAUACACAUUUGGUGGGCCUUGGUUGUUUGGCUUUCUUCUUGUGGGCCUCCUCAUCCUGUUAGCUCUAGUGCUUAGUGUUGCACGGAUGAAAUUCGUUGGUGUGGAUGAAUUACCAGGCCCAGCUCCCACAGAACAUGGCUCUCAUAUAGAUCACUCUUUUCCUUUCCUGGAGUCAUUGAAUGAGGUAUUGGAAACAAACAGAAAUGAAGAGUCGCAGAGUCAUGUGCAUAGAAUGUAUUUUAUGGGUCCAAAUACAUUUAGCGAACCUUGGCAUCUUCCUCAUACUCCUCCAGAACAAGUAAAAGAGAUUGUGUAUGAGGGUGAAUUCAACCGAUUUGUGGAUGAAAUCAAUGCCUUAGCCACUUACCAGUGGUGGGAGGGAUCGUUGUACAGCAUUCUUUGCAUUCUUGCAUAUCCUCUUGGAUGGUCAUGGCUACAAUGGCGGCGGAGAAUCAAAUUACAACGACUCCGUGAAUUCGUGAGAUCAGAGUAUGACCAUGCUUGCUUGCGUUCUUGUCGAUCACGUGCUCUUUAUGAAGGGCUCAAGGUAGCUGCAACAUCUGAUCUAAUGCUAGCAUAUGUGGACUUCUUUCUCGGUGGGGACGAAAAGAGAACUGAUCUUCCUCCUCGCCUUCAACAAAGGUUUCCAAUCUCCUUGCUUUUUGGAGGAGAUGGAAGUUACAUGGCUUCUUUCUCACUUCACAGCGAUAAUAUUGUGACUAGUCUCAUGAGUCAGUCUGUGCCGCCAACUACUUGGUAUCGCUUUGUGGCUGGUUUGAAUGCACAACUACGCUUAGUGCGUAGGGGACAUCUUAAAGUAAUGUUUCGGCCUGUACUUGGAUGGCUUGGAACUCAUGCCAAUCCUGCUUUGAGGAUCCAUGGUGUGCGUGUUGAUCUUGCUUGGUUUCAAGCUACAGCUUGUGGUUAUUGUCAAUAUGGACUUCUGGUGUAUGCCGUUGAAGAGGAAAUUGAGCCUGCAUGCAUUGAUAGGAGUGGUGAAGCAGCAAGAACAGACCAACAGUCACGUUCAAGCAGCUUCUAUAAAGAAAUUACAGUGGAUCGUCAAAGAGAAGAGACGCUUUUAAGGCAAAGCUGGAGAAGCAGUGAAAAUAGUUCGAGGCGGAAGAAGACUUGUGGUUUUAUUGUAGAUAUUAAUAGCUUAAAAAUGCUGGAGGAGAAGAUGGAUUUGUUCUACCUUCUAUCUUUUAUAACUCAUAACACUAAACCUGUUGGACACCAGGAUCUUGUUGGUUUGGUCAUCUCAAUGCUACUUUUAGGAGAUUUCAGUAUAGUUUUGCUUACUUUGCUCCAGUUGUAUUCAGUUUCAUUGGCGAACGUCUUUCUAGUUUUGUUUAUUUUACCGCUUGGGAUUUUGCUUCCCUUCCCUGCUGGCAUCAAUGCUCUUUUCAGUCAUGGACCUAGGCGUUCUGCUGGACUUGCACGCGUUUAUGCCUUAUGGAACGUGACAUCCUUGGUUAAUGUGGUGGUUGCAUUUAUGUGCGGUAUUGUCCACUAUAACUCACAGUCAAGUAAAAGACAACCGAGCUUUCAGCCGUGGAAUUUUAGCAUGGAUGAAAGUGAAUGGUGGAUAUUUCCAGUUGGACUAGUUUUGUGUAAAUGUAUCCAAUCUCGGCUCGUCAAUUGGCAUGUCGCAAAUUUGGAGAUUCAAGAUCGUUCAUUGUACAGUAACCGCUUUGAACUUUUCUGGCAGUCAUGACCUUUGUUGAGCUAAUCUUUUUUUUUUUUUUAGUUGUGCUUUCCUUUUUUGAGCUGUCAGCGAGUAGGAGGAUGAUUGACAAGUCGGGUGGAAAAUAGAAUGAUACAGAUAGAGGAAGAGUGUAACUUGUGUAACCCUUUUGGAAUUGAUGUGCAGCUAAUAGUUUUCUGCUACAAUGUAUAUAUAAGUGGAAUAGUGAAUGCUAAUGUUGAGAAGUUCAUUCGAAAA